AUGCCAGCGGCUCCGCUCGAAGCGUCGUUUUCCGCGCGGGCGCCGGGGAGCCCCGGCUUUGAACCGCGAGAACAGCUCGAAGAAUGGGCACUCAUGCACCCGCUGAAUUGGCUGGACUAUGGUCUCUGCGCGCUCGCCUUGGACCCUCGGAGAGUCUCGGAGAAGUCCGAAGUCCAGAUCGAUGGCGAGUGCGGAUUGGAGGCGAGGCAACAAAAGCACGGCCGCGCAGACGUGAGCUUUCUGCAGCUGCAGCUGAAAGAGGAGGUGGAUCUCAUGGCACACUGCUGGAAUAUCUCAGCCGACCUAUAUUCACCUGCAAAGGACCUACAUCAUUGUGAAGCUCCUCAAUCGGUGAGAACCUUUACAGCGAAGAGACGUGCCUUUCCGACUUCUCCAAAGGCCACUUCGAGGAGAGUGCCGUCAUGGUGCGUCGGCCGCGAGACCAUGUGCUGUCCCAGUACAAGCAUUGCGCCAAUGGCGGAGGGCCCCGUUAUCACGCGAUCGUUCACGCCAUGCACGCCCUUCCUGGAGAGCCGAAUUGCAAACUCCCGGACACCUUCCAGGGACUCAGGCCCCAGCAGCGCUUAUAGGCACCCCUUCAAGUGCUACAUCCCCUGGAACCGCCAGAGCUGGCAAUUGACGUGUUCUGAUCGCUUCUUGAUGAAUCCGGUCGACGAAGACUCCUCCAUCAAGGCGAUGCAGUCUGCCACGCUGCUGGGAGUGGUCGAGGCGAUGCACGAGUCGGUGUGCCUCUUUUCAGCUCGGCUGAAGGGCAGCCUGCCGGCGCAUUGCAGCUGCGAAUCCAGUGACUGGAGCUCCUUCGUGGAGUACCACGAGGAUCAUGGCUCGCAGUACGAAGCGGCCAUCGAGGACUUCGACGAGACGGUACUACAGCAGGUGGACGACCUGACCAAGGUCGAUCGGCCCAUGUACCAGGCCGCCGUGAAGCGCUUCAUCGGCGACCUGGGCCAGGUGGAGCGAAAGUUCGGCACCAAGAUCCUUUGCGACGCCCAGCGAGAGAAGCUGACCCAACUGGCGCAGCUAUGA